CUUCACCAUUACUUCUAAGUCUAUCCCCCCACUUUUUCCCAAAUUAUCAAUAAUAUUUCUGUUAUCGGCAACAGUGCUAGCUGUGCAGUGUGCACCAACCAAGGAUUGUGUUUUCUUAAUAUUUACAGCAAACGUUGUUUUUCGAGCUUGGUAAAUAUUGGACUGUCUAGGAUUAUUGUUUAAUUAACUUCAAUUGUGGUUAUUCGGAGCACAAUACUUGGAUUAUAAUCCAUUUUGCUUCAUCGCUUGCUUCCAAGUCCUGUCUCGUUUAUAUUUGAGACUCAAGCUAGUGGAAAAAAAGAUUAUCAAAGUUUUUAUAGAAGCUAGCAAAUAUGGAAGGUGGUUUUUUUACACCUUGGAAGAAUGGGCCUUGGCAGGAGUUAGCUUCAGAGGACGUGAAGGAAAGUGAGCAAUUGAAAUCGCUGCCACCCUUGGCUGAGCCACCGACACCCCGUGAACCUAUGGAGUUCUUAUCUAGGUCAUGGAGUCUCUCUGCCUCCGAAAUCUCAAAGGCUCUCUCAGAGAAACAAAAGCAAACUUUCCUCGAUAACAAGGCCCCAGACACAUUGCCCGAACCUAUUUCCGCUCCUCAAUUAGCAGGAGGGAAGAUGAUAGUAUCUGGAAAUUGUCGAAGGAUGGGUGCGAUUGGGAAAUGGUUACAUCAGAAGCAGUACGGCAAUACGAACGUUUCCGUUAAGAAGAAAGACCGGGCGCGCGUGGAAAACGCGCGCGUGCAUUCUGCGCUAUCCAUUGCGGGGCUAGCCUCUGCGGUGGCCGCUGUGGCGGCAACAGAGGACCCUCGCGGUGGCUCUCGUUCUAAAUUGGACGUUGCUCUCGCUUCGGCCACGCAACUCUUGGCUUCUUAUUGCGUUGAAAUAGCGGAGAUAGUUGGCGCGGAUCGCCAGCGCGUGGCUUCCACAGUUAGGUCUGCGGUUGAUAUUCAAACGCCAGGAGAUCUAAUGACUCUCACUGCUGCAGCUGCAACAGCUUUGCGAGGAGAUGCAGCUCUGACAGCGAGAAUGCCAAAAGAAGCAAAGAAAAAUGCGUCAAUAAGUCCGUAUGAUAAAGUGAUAGCGGAAACGCAAUGGCUUCGUGCGUUUGACGGUCAGAUGUUGGAACGUUAUCCUCCGUGCCUGGGGGAUUUGUUGCAGCUCACAGAAAAAGGUGCUUUACGAUGGAGACAUGUCCAUGUUUAUAUCAAGAAAUGUCAGGUUAAAGUUAAGAUCAAAAGCAAGCACGUUGGAGGAGCCUUCUCCAAAAAGAACAAAUGUGUGGUGUAUGGAGUCUGUGAUAAAGAUAAUGCAUGGCCAUAUAGAAAAGAAAGGGAAGCAUCAGAAGAGCUUUAUUUUGGCCUGAAAACUGCACAAGGUCUUCUAGAAUUUAAGUGCCAGAACAAACUCCACAAGCAAAAAUGGGUUGAUGGAAUAGAAUUUUUACUUCGUAGGGUCAACUCUGUUGAAGCAACAGAGCAUUCUCUAGAAUUUGUAAGUAUUAGUACCAGUACAUGAUUUGUUUGGAUUGUAUAUGCCGAUAGGAUUUAGAAGAGUGAAACAUAAAAAAUUUUGUCAAACAAAUGCUACCUCUACAUUACAUAAGCAAAGAAACAAUACUGUUCACUGUAGGGGUUGCUUGUGACCAUGCUUGUUAAUAGUAAUACGGUAAUACCAAUUGAUAGAUGUUAAAACCUGUUUAAGAUAUAAAAGUUACUGCAUCUCUCGACGUCAA